CUGUGAAAGAAACAGUUCGUUUAAAGAUUGUGCCGUGUAUGGAAGUAGGCAUAGGAGUAACCUAGUAACUUGCAAAACAUCUGAUAGGGUCUCCACACAAAUCAUUGGAAACAAAUGAUUUGUUACUAGGUGUUUGUUAAAUGUGUUUGAAUUCUGUUUUCCUUUCGGAAUAAAUCGGUUAACUAAUCAUGGCUCCUGGAUUUAGUGUAGUAGUGUGUUUUGUGCUGGGAUUCAUUUUCUUUUGCUGUAAUGUUACCGCAUCUUCUCUCAACAGAUCCACGGAGAGUUCCAAAGUUGUGACCGAACUCAGUGAUUAUGUUUUCAGUAAUAGUUCCUGUCAUGAGAUUAAGAAAACGUUUGUGGAUAAUAAAAUCGGUACUCUGAAGGAUACCACAGAUAUGUCACACGAAGAUGAAACGCCACUUUGCUCUAGUUCGUGGAACAAUUCUUGCUGCACUCCAACAAUGGAGAGGCGGUAUUCAGAAGCUAGUAAAAAAGAAUUUCAAAACAUGUUGCAGUCUUCCAAUGCAUUUUUGCGGAGUAUUUUGGCAACUAGCGCUGCCAAAUUCCGUGAAAACUUCCUUGAAAUGAUUCACGUUUCGCAAAACAACACCAACGUCCUCUUUUCGGAGGUAUACAAAAAAAUGGACAGCGUUGCACGUGAACCAGUUUCUCAAUUCUACGACGAUCUGGCUGAAUACAUCUCGGGAAAAUCCCAGGAACUGGAGUCCCGGAUUUCGGCCUUCUUCGACAUGCUCUUCCCUCUUGUCUACCACCAUUCCAUAAAUCCCAAACUGAAAGAUUUCAGUGACGACUACAAAGAGUGUUUACGUGAGACCCAACAGGAGAUCCGACCUUUCGGGGAUAUUGCUGACCAGAUCACCAUCCAGGUGAAAAGAUCCUUCAGCGUGGCCAGGACUAUAAUCGAGGCUUUCGAAGUCGGUAUCUCUGUUAUAGGUGUCACAGACAACAUGCAAUUCAGGCCAGACUGCAACGCUGGUCUUACUAAAUUGGUUUAUUGUUCUCAGUGCGCUGGAUUCGCGAGGACUAAACCCUGCAGUGGAUACUGCCUAAAUGUUGUGCGGGGUUGUCUUGCUCACGUGGCUGAGCUAGAUCAGCCUUGGAGUGACUUUGUGAGUGGCUUAGAGAGGCUCACAUCCGGCCUUGUGGCUUCCUAUAAUAUAGAAGAAGUGCUUAGUGUUUUGGAUACAAAAAUUUCAGAAGCAAUAAUGUAUGCAAUGGAGAAUGGACCGGAACUUUCUAAAAAGGUUAAAGUUGCUUGUGGCCAUCCCAGACGCGCCACGAGAGAUAUUACUGAACCUAGUGAUCUCACUCCCGGAUCUAUUCCGGGAAGGAUAGUUCCUGUUCGAUCGGCUGAUGACAGCUUAUACAGGCGUCUCCAACAAAUAGUUCAAAGACUGUCUGAAACUAAAGGACAUUAUGCCAAUCUGGCUGAUGCUGUGUGCAGUGAUGAAACGUGGGCCGUCAGAGAAGAAGGUCAGUGCUGGAAUGGCGUCUAUCUUGGACAGUACACGAAUACGAUCGCAGGCGUGGGAGUCGCAGCCCAAAAAUACAAUCCUGAAAUGAAAGCACCAGAAACUGACGAUCUUGUUGUCAUGGCACUCGAUGAAAAGCUACAAAAAAUGAGCAGGUUGCUGAGGCAGAGAAUCCUGCCGGAACUGCCCCAAGCAGACUCUUAUAUGGCGGAGGGGAGUGGCAGUGGCAUUUGGACGAGAAAUCAAGUAGGAGACGAUGAAGAUUACGAUAAAGGAUCUGGAAGUGGUGAUUGGGGAGGGACAAAGCCCAGCGAUUUCAAUUUCGACAGCGGAGACAACAGAGAUGUAAAUAUCAAAGUGAAAGAUAACAGUGCCAUCUUUUCCUCGCCCACUAACAGUGCCCUAAUAACCUUUGCUGUACUUCUAGUCACCUUCUUGCCUAGGAUCGCCGCCCUGCGUUCAUUGUGACUCCACGAAAAUAGUCACCAGUGAAUCACAGUGCCAUUUAGGAAGAAAUCAAUUAUAUGUAUAUGUUUGUUCGCUUGAGGAAAUAUAAAAAAACUAUUUGGAUUAUUUAUGCAAAUAAAAUUAAAAAAAAGUGAGAACUUGAGAGGGAGAGGUACCCAAUCUCUUACGCUGUGGAAGGAAGAAAAAAAAAACAACAGCUUCCAACUAGAAACAGUUGGACAAGUGUGUUUAUCGUCUCUAAUGUGUGUGUUUUACUGAAGAAGCCAAGCUGGUAUUUGUGUCCUAAAUGUGGGAUUUGUUGUCCUUUUACAUCCAGAUGUGCUGCUUCUAGUUGAUAAAAAUAAUUAAAUUAACUGGCACAUCCGGUAGAAGUCUUCAUAGAAGGAAGUUUCAUCAUCGAAUCACUCCUUCGCUGUUGAUCCAGCAUUAAUUCCAUAUUUUAUAAUAUAUAGCUUGUGAGAACAGAUCCCCUCUUUCACGCUUAUAUUUCUGCUGUUCAUUCAAUUAGUCUAGUUCUUCACCAAUUGUAUACGUAAUAUUUUGUUUCUGUCCCCCUCUAUUAUUUUUGAGUGGUCGAAAUAAGGUAAAAAGUUAUUGCAAUGUGAGAUGAGUGUUUAUAAGGGAAAUGAAGACAGUUUGGAGCAGGGAUGCCAGCCAUGACAGAUUUUUCUUUGCUGACAUUAAUUGAAAAUCUUCCAGAUGAAUGUCGUUAUAAGAUUUCUGAAGUCAUUCUUAUAUAAUGAAUAAUAAUUUUAAUCUAAUAUUUAUAAAUUAUGGCCAUAUGCUUGCAUUUCUUGAUGCACAUUUUGAUCAAAAAUGAAUCCAAUCUUACAAAAAUAUCCUCUUUUUUUUUGUGAAAUUUAUCUGAUCAGCAUAACAGCUCUUUGAAGCAUUUUUCAAUCUUUAAACAUCAGAGUUACUUACAAAUCUGUAACUGUCUUAACAAAGUGAUACUUAUGUGUUUAUAUUAUGUAAUCUUUAGAAACUCUAAUUUAUUUUUUUUUUACUGUGCAAUUAGUUAAUUUGUGCUCUUGAGCAAUUGAAAAUAAGUUUCAAUUGAUUUCAUUCCAUGAUUCUCUUGCAGUGUAGAAAGUAUAUUUGUUUUUAAUCUUUGAGUUGGUAUCCCUGCUGAUUGUGAAAUAAGAAAAAUGUUAGGCACGAAGGAUGAAUGUUUUUAAAAGUGUGUGUGGAAAAAUUAUGUGGUUGUUUUACGCAGUAUUAUUUCUAAUGUUUUAAUAUAGGGAAAAAUAAAUUGGAAAUUCGUACUAUAUAUUUUUGUUGCCAUAUGCAGUUGUUGGUUCCCCGCCCUUUAAUUUGUAACUAAAUUAAUCUUGUUUUAAUGACGUUAUUUUAUUCUCAGUUUCUGUUGUUGUUGUAAAUAUUUGUAAUAUAAAAAAACUACAUUGAUGCUAAAUUACUGCUAUAAGUAUCUUUAAUUUCAUACUAAUAGGCUUCCUGAAAUUGUUUUUAGAAAUGUACAAAAUGUUACUUUAAACAAAUUGUAAAAAGUUAUUCUUCCAAAUAGUUUUCCUCUUCAAAUUAAUUUUUAUUGUGAUAAACAUUGAACAUUCAAAUGAGUUUUUUUUAACUAUUUGAAAACUAUUGGUGCCUACUUAUAAAUAUAUAAUUUCAAAUACAUAAUUUGUAAAGUGCUAUUCAAAAUUCAAUUUAUUGUCCGGAAAAUCUAAAUGACCAUUGCAAUGUUUUAAUUAAAAUUUUCUUUUUUUUAAAUAAUUUUUCCAUUUAUAAUUUUUUUUACAAAUUAAAUAAUUUAUAUACAAAUUAUUAUUAUUAACUUUUUGUCAUAAUCACUUGACUCUGCAAUUUUAACCAUUCAUUAUUAAUCUUUAUUAAUAAUGAUAAUUACAGAAUCCUAUUUGCAUAUAGUUUCAUUAUUAUUAAGUGCUUCCAUUAAUUAAUGUGAAUUAAUUUAAAUGAUGUCAUCUAAUUUAAUUAACUGCCAUUUAACAAAAAUAAAUCAAUAAUGUAUAUAAACUUCUCAAAAUUGAAAGAGUUAGGUUAAGGUUACAUUAUUAAAAUCUAAAUUUAGAAAACACGCUAUGUUUACCUGCUGGAUUCAGGUGGAAUUGAGAACUUACAAUGUCAAGUCAAGGUUUAGUAGGAAAGAAAAACGGAUGAGAACUUCCAACGAAAUAAUAUCCAGAAAAUCUGUGUGCAUUUGUAUGUUUGAGUUGCAAUUAUUAUUAUGUAUUAUUUAUUUUAGAAACUAAUUUUGUUUAACUUUAAUCAUUCUAAAACUGUGCUACAUUAAUUUUACUUAUUUUUAUUAAAAAUCAAAAUUUUAAGUCACGUGAAUUUUAUCUCUUCAAUCCUGAAUUUUUCUUUUGGCAAUAAUUUUUUAUGGCUAAUGUAUAUUUUUUACACUAAAAAUAGACACAUAAGAAUAAAUUAACAUUUUAGAAUCUUUUACAAAUAAUUUAGAUUUAUUGCUUAUAUCACUAGCACAUAUAUUCAGCGUACAAGCGUAUAAUAUAAAAAGCAUUAUGAGCGUAUAGUAAAAUAAAAUAGAGCACAACUAGUAUAAUAGUCCAUCCAGGGUAGAAUCUUUGAAUAAAAUAUAAAAACAAGCAGCUGCAAGCGCAACAAGCACAUGUUAAAACUUCAGGACUGAAGAGAUAAAUUUUUUUUCUACUUAAAUCAAUAUACUAACUUAUUUUGUCAAUGUUAAAAUACAAUCAUUCAGGAAAUAAUCUUAAAAGUCCUUUACCAUGUUUUAUAGUAAUAAAUAUUUCUUAUACAUAUUUUUAUUUAAUUAUAUACUUGCACAAGUCACUGCUGUAUUUUCACUGUCAUGAAAUGCAAUAUUGUUAAGUAAAAAUGUAUUGCAGAAUUAGCUUGAUCUCUCGCUAAAUUGUUUGAUGAAAAAAAAAAGACAAUUAAAAAUAAAAAUUUAUUUAAAAUCUAUUCGAAACGAAUUACUCUUGUAAAACUACUGUGAUUAACAGACCCCUUUAUAACUGUGUUAUGUAUAUAUAUUUCUGAUGUAUAAGUCUUAAAAUUUGUAAUUUUUGUUUCUGGAAUUUGUAUAAAAAAAACUAGUACAUACUAAUAUAUAUUCUAAUUUUUACUUUUCAUUGCAUUAGUUUGUUUGAAUGCACAGAAGAGCAAAAACAUAAAGAAUUAGCUUUGUGUGAUAUACCAUAUAAAUAUAUAUAAUAAAAAUGGUGUAAAAAUCUUAAAAUGAUUUGUAGUUCAGAUUCCCAAUGUACUUUAUAAUUUUUAUUUGAAAAGUCCUUAUCCCUGAAUCAGAUGUAGUUUUACUUUUAUCUCGAAUCUUUUAACAAUACAAGUUUUGAAACUCUAUUGUUUUUGUGUCUAAAUAUCUUAAGUUUUUAAUGCCAUCUUUUGUUCAAAUAUUAGGGGAAAAUGUUGCCUCUUUUUUUUUAAUUUUCGUUUGCCAACUAGUCGAAACAAAAUUUAGUUUUUCCAAUUGCAGUUUUAUUGAAUUAAAAGAUUUAUUCACAAAAAAGACAUUUAAUAAAUGAUAUUUAAGUGUUUUAUAAAAAUUAAAAAGAUUAUUAACUUCAAUGUGUUGUUUUUGAAAAAUUUUCAGAUACUGUCAUUUAUUUUUUCAUGCCUAUCUACAUCGGCACUCUAAUUGCAAUGCUAAAUUCCCUACUAGGUUAGCAUUAAUUUGUGAAAAAAGUUAUUUUUAUUUCAAAACUAAGCAAUUUAUUUAAAUAUUUUAUUUAACUUCUAUAUAUAUAUUUUUAAGAAAAACCUAAAAUUUUGUUAUGAAAAUAAACUAUCUCAUAUUACAUAAUAAAAAAAUUCUUUUUAUCAACUUAAAUGUCCUUAAAUUCAGGGUAUGAACAGUGAAUUGUAAUUCCGUAUAUUUUAGUCAUUUUCUUUACAGAUUCAUGUUCUAUCAUGCAUAUUUAUUACAGUUGAGCAAUUGAUGGAACUUUCCCCAAUAUCUGUGAUAUUACAAAACUAUAAUGUUAGAAGAUUCCAAAACGAAGUUUAGUUAACUAGGUAAAUAGCGUGAAAAGAUUUUUCUCUUCUGUGCAUUUGCUUUUGUUUAAUUAUGUUGAGUAUUUGUGAUCUUAUUAAUAGCCUUUUGUCUGAGUCAAAACUCGGCUUAGAAUUUUGCAUAAUGUUUUUAAUCCGUCACUUUUAAUGCCCUUUAGUAAAUAAAGAUUAAUUCGGUUAUA